UUUCAGAGAAUUAAUCAAAUUUUCUUGAGUCUGUGAUAAAUUAAAACGACUUCAUACGAUAUAUGCUGGGAACAGCGUGAAUUUUGGAUAGAAGAAGUAAACGAAUAUUUCCUCAGCUGAAAUUCAGGGAAAGAUGUCUUCUGGUUCAUUUCCUUUUGUAAUUCCGGAAAGUUUACGAUCAAAAAAGACGUCAAAUCCAUUAUCAAAAUUAACCGGUACUACACGUAAACCCUAUGCUCCACCAAGACGUAAAGGAUAUAACGAUCUGGAUGACCCACUUGGUCCGUCUUCAUCAUCUUCAACAUCGCCAUCUUCAUCAUUCAAGCGUCCGAUCGACGGAAGGGUUGCAAGUGGUCGACAUUCCGUGGCACGUGCCGCACGUGUCGUCCGAAAGAGGAUGUCAUCAGUGCAGCAUGCUCCAAAUAUUACACAAGAUUUGCCUUCAACAAGCAUGAAGCCAUCACCUUUUGGAAAUUCGCAACUUGGGAAGCGUUCAAAGGCAUCACUUCGUGGUACCUUACAUAGUGAUGUCGAUAACAGAUUCACCACCAUAAUGCGUGCAAUCGAACCGCCAAGGCCUCGGGGACGUGAAUCAACUGCUAAAGAAGAAAAUAUGCCGAAGCUGGAGCGACAUAUUGAAAAUACGAAGGCAGAAUCGGUUGUUGAAAAGAUGUCGCUGCCAAAGGGUGCAGUUGCACGGCAGCUAAAACGUUUGAUUGGACGAGUUUGUGAAACCGACUAUGAUAAAUAUCAGUUGCUAGAUGAACGUGAUCGUUUGAUGCAUAGAGGCCGUUUGAAAAGUACCGAUGUUGAUAAUGCAAUUGUUAUGCAGGGUUCUUGCCCUGAUAUGUGUCCAGAGAAAGAACGCUACAUGAGAGUUGUGCAAAAACGCCUCAGUACAUAUGAAUGUCAUGAUGGUGGUAUUAUCGCGCCGGAACUAACCGUGAAAGAAUACAGUAGAAGUGCAGCUGAUCAAGAGGAGCCAUUGCCUCACGAGCUUAGACCCGCAGAUGUCCUUCAGCGAACGAUGAAUUAUCUUGUCGGCAAAAUUGCCAAUCAUCUUCCGGAAACGGACGAGGAACUGGCACAAUGGUACGAUUUUUUGUGGAAUCGAACGCGAGCCAUCCGAAAGGACAUAACGCAGCAAAUGAUGGUUAACGAAACUGCUGUUAUCUUGAUCGAACAGUGUGUUAGACUACAUAUCUUUGUAUCUCAUCGUCUUUGUGAAUUGAAUUUCAAUGAAUUCGAUCAAAAAAUGAAUACAGAGAAUUUAUCUAAAAGUCUGCAGAGCUUGCGUUAUUUGUAUGAUGACUUGGCGAAGAAAGGAGUCUUUUAUUCCAGUGAAGCAGAAUUUCGUGCAUACGAAAUUAUGCUUAAUCUUUCGGAUUCCAAUGUAUUCCGGCAGGCGUUGACAUAUCGUCGAGAAAUUCUGGAAGCGAGUCCAGUCCGAUUAGCGAUUCGUCUAUUUACAUGUUUGCAGAAUCGAAAUUAUGUCCGCUUUUUCCGAUUAUUAAAGAACGACGCUACUUAUUUACAGUGUUGCCUUUGUCAUCGAUUUUUCAAUCGUAUGCGUCAUCAAGCAAUGUAUGCUAUAUCACACUCGGUUCACAUAAUGGGAAAGUAUCCAUUGAACAAAUUUGUCCAGCUGUUGGGAUUUGACGAUCGUGACGCAUCACUGCAAUUUUUGGGGUGCUACAAUGUUCGUCGCAAUAAUGAUAUGGAUACUGGUGAAGAGCUGAUGCAUAUGUCAAAAACCCAACUAAUUGAGCCAAUUGAAGAACCUCCAUCGAAGAUUCAUUUGUGGAUUGAGGCUAAACGUGAUGGAUAUUCCAUUCCAGAAAUAUUAAGCGGCUGUCAAGAUGUUAAAGUUGAAAUUGUUACUCCGUUGAAUUCGUUCGACAGAAAUGGUGCGUACGUAUUUGAUACCAUUCUCGAUGACUAUAUUAACGAAAAUGGAGGGGAACAAUUAGCUACGGAUGAAGAUGAGACUGUAACUUUCGCAUUUACUUUGCCAACAUCACAGAAGGAAAAUAAUAUCAAUGUUUUAGCGGAGAACUUAGCAGAUGAUAUCAUAAAAGAAGAAAUUACGAGAUUGUGCAAGCUAACGUAUAGUAAAUCACUAGCUCAUUCACUCACUACUUCAUUGUAUGAUAGUAUGUUGGAGGACUGCUUAAAACCACGUUGUCAGGAGAUAAUGAUCGCCGCUAAACUGUUACAUCGUCGCAAGCUAGCCGCCAAUGUGGCAAAGCAAAGGGAGGAUGAAAUUCGGUUCUUGCUCGAUUCCUUAAACGAAUCAGUCAUGCAUGAAGUUAUCGACAAAUUUAUUCGCGACAUCAGUAAGAAAUGGAUAACAAAAUGCCAGCGGAUACAUGACGAAGAACUCAUUGAAGAUUUUGGAAAAAACUUUCUGGAUGAUUUGUUGGCAGGGGUGGUAACCGAAACAAUCAAGAAAAUAGCAGAAAAAAAGAUUGAAGAAAGUUUGAAUUAUAUGAAAAAACGUUUGAAGGAUAUAAAUGAACGGUUGGAUAAGUUAUGGUUGAAACAAUUUGUUGAUCAUUGGCGGGAACAUGUAGCUCACAGAAAAGAACAGGAGCAGAAGAAAUUGGAAUUAUUAGGAUCAUUCCCUGUUAUAUUACCAGCUAAAUCUGGAUUAAUUUUUCAUCGGCGAGAUGGCCAUUCGUUUGACAAAGCAUUCAUCGAUUGCAGCUCCCUGCUUUUUGAGCAGAAAAUAAACACUUUCAUUAAAAAAAGAUAUGGAAGGAUAGCACGGAAAGUACUGAAAAAGUGGCGUUCAUGGACUCAGUUGCAAAUCGAAAAGCGAGAGUUUUUCACUACUGUUUGCACAACUUCACCAUUGAGAUGGAAAAGGCUGCGCUAUAACAAUAAUGAUAUUAUUUCAAAGGAAAAUGAAGAUAACAUUCGUUUAGCCGUAGCACUUGCUGAUGUUGAAUGUGAACGAUUGAAACCAUUUUGGACAACUAAUCAAAUUCAUAAUGAUUUAGAGAAUGAGCGGCAGUUGUCCUGGUAUGAAUCACUAGCUGGACGGUCAUCAGUAUUAUUGGAUUAUUUCGACGAAAAAACACUUGAAAAAGGAAUAGAGAUAGCGGAACGAAAUAUUCAACGUAUCGAUUAUACAGAGAGGCGGAUAAUGAAUAAGAGCGGUCCUGAAUACAGUGGAAAUUCGGAUAGCCUGAUAUCCAGUCUGAGUCAGCAACAGAAAUAUAACAAAACUAACAAAUUCAAUGUACAAAAUGAGGAAUAUUACCCUCCACGAAAAAGAGAAUGCAAAAAUUUGGAACAUCUGGAGAAGCGACUGAAAGAUUUCACCAGAGAGCUGGAUGAUGCAUUCAAAGGUAUGGAAGAAAGAAAUCGAGCAUAUGAUGAAAUUCUCAGGUCUUUACGUGCCGACGAAUAA